CACACCUCAACAAGGUCUUUCUAACUUGGGACAGCAAAGUUCAAAGGAAAUAAGGGACACAAACUGCGGAAGAGUCCCAAACCAAUUCGGGAGGUGAAGCUUUCAGCACGACUGGCCUCUGAAGCCCCUUGAAACAGGGCAUGGUACUUAAAGGAGGAAAAAAAGGGAACUGGCCAUCUUGUAGAACACCUGGAAUGUGAUCCAAGUCUGGAGACAAAAUGAUGACAAGGAAGCUGUGACGCCCAGAUUUUAAACAACUUGCAGAAAGUCACUGAGCUGGGUUGCAGCUAGAAGACCAUAAAACUAGCAAUGGAGCCCUUAUAUGAAGAAUACCUAGCAAAUCAUGGAACAAUAGUAAAACCUUAUUACUGGCUAAGCUUCUCUCUAGAUUGCUCGAACUGUCCUUACCAUAUUCGGACAGGUGAAGAAGCAAGAGUUCCCUAUACAGAAUUUUAUCAGAUUUUUGGAUUCCCUUAUGGGCCAGUGUAUCCUCAAACAAAGCACCUCACAUUUUAUGAACUAAAAACUUCUUCUGGAAGCCUGGUGCAAAAGGGCCAUGCUAGCAGUUGCACUGGGAAUAAUACCCACCCAGAAUCAAUGCUAUUCGAGAUGAAAGGUUAUUUUGACUUAGCCCUACACAAUAACAAUGCUAUCAGGCAUAUCAUUCUGUAUUCCAAUAACUCCCCGUGUAAUGAAGCCAACCACUGCUGCAUCAGCAAAAUGUACAAUUUCUUAAUAAUGUAUCCAGACGUUACUCUCAGCAUUUACUUUUCUCAGCUCUAUCAUACUGAGACCGAAUUUCCUGCCUCAGCGUGGAACCGGGAGGCUCUCCGGAGCCUGGCCAGUUUCUGGCCACAGGUUACUCUGAGCCCAAUAAGUGGAGGAAUUUGGCAUUUUCUCCUCAACAGCUUUGUGAGCGGUGUCUCAGGAUCAACUGUUUUCCAGCCCAUCUUAACAGGGAGAGCACUGGCUGAUAGGCACAACGCAUAUGAGAUCAAAGCCAUAACGGGAGUGAAACCUUACUUUACCGAUGUUCUUCCCCAGACCAAAGAGAAUCAGAACAUAAAAGCUCAGGCGGCUUUAGAGAGCUACCCCUUAAACAAGGUCUUUCCUGGACAGUCUUUGCAAGUGACAAGUGGACGACCGCAACCCAAUCUGACCCCAGACCUCAGGGUUCCUGUCAUUUUUGUGCUGGUGCCUUUCAGAGACCUACCACCAAUCCACGUGAGUCAAAACCCACAUAAGCCCCAGAAUAUCGUGAGGCACUUAAAUAUGCCUCAAAUGUCAUUCCAGGAAACCAAAGACCUCGGAAGGCCUCCCAUUGGAAUGCAAGUCGAGAGAAUGGAAAUCACGGAGCAGCCUGCAAGGAGCAAAGAGAUGGAUGAAAGGAAGAAGAAGAAGAAAGGAAAAAAAUAAAAUCUAUUAUUUCUACAAUGUGAGACCAAACAACUACCAGAGGACUAAUUCGAUAACAAACAAAAAUCUGGAAACUUUCUCUCUUCGGUCUGAUCCAAGAUGGGAGAUGAACGGAUACAUUAAAAGCAAAACCUGAAUUACUUGCUAUCUCAACUAUUAUAAAGCUACACUACUUUUAACAUAAUCCAAGAUGUUUCCAUAAGCAACUUGACCUCUCUCCUUUAUUUUGAAAAUGACAGUAUCAAAAUGGAGCCAUUAGUACCUUGCUAAUAUUUUGGUGUGGAAAAGGAAAUGUCAUUAUUCUAGUCUACCCACAUCAUCUUUCCACCAAAAAAACCCAUGGACUAAACAGCUUCCUAAACUGGUUUCAGUAUAAAAAUUUACUGUAAAAUUGGAAAACAGCCUGCAGUUACUGACAUUAAGUGCUGUCUGCAAAAGCAAACCGGUGAUUUUCCAUUAAUUGUUAAUCAUGGAAAGAAGAUUUUGGCAGCCCAUUUUUUUUCUAAAGUGGUUCAAAGUAGUUCUGUGUGAAAAAAAAAAAGCUAUUUUGCUAAUUGAUUAUAUACAGCUACAAAAAUUGAUUUUUGAAACCUAGUCACCAACUCAAUGUGAUUUUCCCAGCUCAGAUCUCUCCUUCCUGAGCAGACGAUAGAGGCAGGAGGAUACAUGAGACCCUGCAAAGGCUCCUUCCAUCACACACCAUAUAAAAUCCAAGCUGCUCUUACUGGCUGUCAAGGCUCCUCCUUUACCUUCCAGUUGCCUAGUCUCAUCAGCAAGAUUGUAAGUUCCCACAGGCCAAGCACUGUCUCUCUCCCUCUUUGGUUUUCCCUUAGAAUCUAGCCAAGUAUCCAGGCAAAAUGUGGGUAGCAAGGUUGUGAAUCUACAUCUCAAUAACCUUACCAAUCACUGUUUCCCAACACUCCAUACCCAUUCCAACAAAGGGCUUGCUUAACCAUCCUGCAAUGGACAUCAUUUUUUUGUUGUUGUUAGCAUCCAUUCCCCCUUCUUCUGGUAUAGCUCCCCAAUGCAUAACUUGUUUUACUUCCUUUUUUUCAAACCUUUUCUCUUUUCAGCAAUGUAUAUUUAUACCAUCUCUUAAAAUCUUGCUUGAAACACACUUCUAGGAAGUGCUCCUUGAAUAACCAUCUGAGCAUGUACAUUAAAGCACUUUG